CAACCUUUAUAUACACGGUAUUCAUUUUUAUGCAACUUUUUAUUGAUAAACAUUUGCGUUUUAUCAAAUAUUGUUUAUAUUCGUUGCCGGAAAAUUGUGCCUAUUUGGAAACUAGUCGGAUGACCAUAUUGUUCUUUUCAAUAGCGAGUAUUCGAAUGUUGGACAAAUUAGAUUCUAUUAAUGACAUGAAGGAUGAAAUUAUUCAGUGGAUUAUGUCAUUAAGGAUCAUGUCGGAUUCUAAAGGAAUUAAUAAUAAAUAUUGUGGCUUUACAGGCUCAAACUACCUCAGGACUUCAGAUGAAGAAACUCAGUGCAAGAUCCAAAAAGGUGACUCCGACUAUGUCAGAAUAAAAUGUAAAGAUCCCGGCAUUUUGUUUUCCGAUGAAAACAGUUGUUCUCACAUAACCAUGACUUUGAGUGCCCUAUUGUCGCUUGUGAUAUUAUGCGAUAAUAAAAAAAUUACCCGAGAUACAAAUGAUAAUAAAGAACAAGACGAUUACGAUGUCAUAAACUAUUUAAAUAAAAACCUUAAACAAUUAUUACCUAGCCUUAUCGCACCACCAUCAAAUGCCAGAAUUAACGGCGCCGAUUUAUUAGACAAAGAAGCUAUCCUUGUCGGUCUUUCCAAUUUGCAGAACAUAGAUGGAAGUUUUAGGCCCACUGUCCAUGAAGGUGAAAGCGAUUUGCGUUUUGUGUAUUGCGCGUCGGCGAUAUGCCACCUUUUAGAUGACUGGUCUCACAUCGAUGCAUCGCAAAUGAUCUCCUUCAUAAUGUCUUGCAAGAGUUACGAAGGAGGGUUCGGUCAAGUUCCCGGGGCCGAGUCGCAUGGAGGUUCUACAUUUUGUGCUGUGGCCAGUUUGAAGCUUGCUGGUAAAUUACAUCUUAUCACGGAUAACCAAGAGAUCAAGGAGAAUCUCCUUCGAUGGUGUAUGUUUAGACAGCAACAAUGCCAAUCACUGAAUGCCAACAGCGACAUCAUAUUAUGCUCGGGGUUUAACGGAAGACCCAACAAGGACGCCGACAGUUGCUAUAGUUUUUGGAUCGGUUCCACCUUAAAAAUUUUAGGUUGCCUUUCUCAUAUAAAUGUCGAAGCUAACCAAACCUUUUUGCUCAACGUGUCUCAAGAUCUCCGGAAGGGAGGUUUCAAGAAAGCUAUCAACGUUUAUUCUGAUCCUCUUCACACGUUCCUCAGUUUAUCAGCCCUCACCAUGUUUUCUCACCUGCAAGAUAGUAAAUAUUUAAGUCCGUCUCUUGCUCAAUUAACCGAUAUUCAGCCCGCGCUGAUGUUACCUUUUUGAAACUUUUGCAAAGAAUUUUUUUCUCAUUCGAAAUAUUCUUCACAAUUCGAAUUCAUUCUAUAGUCAAUGAUCUUACAUGACGAGAAUAAUUAUUUAUCCUUUUUUAUAAAUAAAUUUACGUGAAACGAUUGUAUCUUGUAUGUAU